ACUUUUUAUGGAACAGAAAUUAAACAGAUGGAAGCAAAAAACAGACAACUAACAAUUCAAUUGGAACAAACUAAAAACGAUUAUGAACAAUAUAAAAAAAGGGCACGUACUUUGCUUGAAACAAGUAAAGAAGAAAAACUGAAUUUAGUAAGAAUUGAUGAAUUGGAAAAGCUUGUUCAACAACUUCAAGCCGAGAAAAUGUAACAAAAAUAAGCCAUGAAAUAUAAAAGAGAACAAACAGAGCAUCAAUCUUUAUUAGAAUAUGACCUUAGAAAAACACUGGAUCGUAUAUGUGAAUUAGAAACUAUCCAAAACAAGUUGAUAAAAGAAAACAAUGUAAAAGAAGGAAUAAUAAAUGAAUUAAAAGCGUCUUUUAAACAAGAAAAAGAAAACCUUGAAGCAGCAUCUAGUAAAGAAUUAAAUGAACUCAAAUUUAAAUAUGAAGCACAAAUUCAAGAAUUAGCAAUUAAUAACAAUGUGGAUGAUCUAACACAAGAAUUAAUUCAAUGUAAAGUUCGUAUUCAUAAUUUAGAAGAAGCCAAUGAUUCUCUUCAACAACAGCUUUUGGGAAAAGAGAAUGAAAAAGAAACACUUACGACGACAACAACAACUUCUUCAGAUAGUAGUAAUACUCAAUUAUCACAAUAUGAUGAUAACGAUCAGGAUGUUUAUGCCUCCAUGAGUUCUCUACUUUCUACAUUUAUAUCAUAUCAAACACCGGAUGAGAAGAUUAGUUUAGAGAAGCAAGUACAGCGUUUAAGUGAAAUGUUACAUGAAAGUGAAGAAAAGAUUAUUGCUUUAAAAAGUCAAGAAAAGGUCUUAAAAGACGAAUUAAGAAAAAUGGAUGCCUUUGAUAAAAGACAAAAUAUGAAUGUUGAAUAUUUAAAAAAUGUAUUAAUAAGCUUUUUAACAUCAAAUAAUAAGCAGGCAAUGGUGCCUAUUUUAUCUAAAUUAUUAUGUUUAGAUGAAACAGAAACAAAUGCUAUAAUGAAGAAUUGCAUAUAGCAAUAAAAGAGCUAAUAAUCUCCAUUUCCAAUGUAUGACUGUUACUUUAUAUUCGUGUACACCUUUUCUUGAAAGAAAAUUAUUUCACAGUAUUGAAGAAAAGUGUACUGCA